AUGUCUAGCCGCAUACAGUUUGCAGAGCCCAUUUCGAAGAAAGAGGAGCCGAUACGUGUUGGCAGGGUCGAUACUCAUGGAGAAAAGGGGUCGGCACAACGGACACUUUCUCCAGGAAACGAAAUCGUCUACCCGACAGGAUGGAGGCUGGUUCUUACAAUAAUAGGGCUUCUGAUUGGAUUUUUUCUCUCGAAUUUAGAUGUCACGAUUGUGAGCUCAUCCCUCACGAAUAUCACGGACAGCCUCGAAGGCUUUGAGAAGAGAAGUUGGAUCAUCACCGGCUACUUAGCCACUUACACCGGGUCUAUGGCAAUGUGGACAAAAGGCAGCGAUAUCGUUGGGAGGAAACACACCACUAUAGCCGCUUUUGUUAUCCUGCUCGCAUUCUCUAUUGGAUGUGGCUGCGCGAAAACAGCCAACCAACUUAUAAUAUUCAGAGCACUACAGGGCAUCGGUGGAGCUGGUGUUUACGCACUGGCAAUAUUAUGCAUAUAUGAAAUAGCUCCGAAGACGAAGCUUCCAACAUAUAGCGGGCUCAUGUCAUUCUGUCUUGUUCUUGCGUCCUUGAUUGGCCCAAUCUUGGGAGGUGCUCUUGCAAAAGACUCAGCAUGGAAAUGGGUCUUUUUAAUCAAUGUCCCCUUAACACGAGCUUCAUAUCGUUCAUUCGCCAAUCUCGAUCUUGUGGGGUCACUUCUUCUACUCUCUGGCACAUUUUUAACCAUUUCCGUCCUGAACGAGGUCAACUUGGCAUUUACAUGGUCUUCCCCGAGUGCGAUUGCUCUCCUUGUGCUUGCCGGAAUUUCGUGGGUCGGCUUUUUCGCCUGGGAAUGGCACCUCUCAGAUUUUCCCAAGCAAGAUCCGAUCUUCCCUAAGCGUUGGCUUUUUGAUCGCGCGUGGAUAGGAAUUCUCAUCUCCUCAUUUGUCACUGGCGCAGUUUUUAAUGUGGUACUAGUCUAUGUUCCGCAGCAAGCACAACUACUAUUGGAUAAAUCACCACUCGAUGCUGGUAUCUAUUUGAUUGGAUAUUCAGCCGUUGCAGCGGUCGCCGCUGGUCUUGUGAAUAUUGUCAGCUCGCGGGGUCGUAUUCCGUUUAUUUAUUCUUUGCUCGUCGGCUGCACACUCCAUACCGUAGGAGUGGGCCUUCUAUCAACGAUUGCUAGCUCUCAUGGAUUCCAUGCAACAGAUAUUGCUUAUGAAAUUAUCGCUGGGGCAGGCAUGGGGAUAACGAUGGGUAUAUUGGUGUUAGCGCCACCUUACAUCGUGGAGGAUAGAGACCUGACGAUUGCGACCGGCUUUGUUGUUCAGCUCCGGUUCCUAGGGGGAGCCCUUGGUCUGGCUAUAGCAUCGAAUAUCCUGAAUGGCCGCUUAGCGCAUCAUUUGCAGGGUAUAUUAACAAGGCAUGAACUGCACCUAUUCCUGGAAAAUGUGGAGUCGAUAAAAAGUUUGCCUGUCUAUUUACAAGAUGAGGUGAAGAAUGUUUUUGCUGGCAGUUACAGCACGCAGCUCAGGGUUAUGAUUGGAUUCGCGGCAGCACAACUACCAGCUAUUCUUCUACUCAUAAAACCCGGUCGUCAACUUGCAGCGAGAAAGGACCGGAAACAUAGUGCUUCGGAAUAG